AAUAGUGACUCCAUUCCCUUUCAAACCACAAGCAGCAGCAGGGCAUCCAGUGAAGAAUGUCGUUCAAGGGUGGGGCAGGACAAUGCAGAGGAACAGUCGUAGACUUUCAAGACUUUAAUAGCAAAGAAGAUGCUGAGAAUCUUCAUCAGGCCAUGCAAGGAGCGGGCACCGAUGAAGCAAGCAUAUUAGAAAUACUAACAAAGCGAAGCAAUGCACAGCGUCAGGAGAUUAACCUCGCCUAUAAAACCAUGCUUGGAAAGGACCUGACUGACGAUCUGAAAUCGGACUUGUCAGGCUACUUUGAAUCGUUGAUAGUUGCCCUUAUGCUGCCUGCAGACAGAUACGACGCAAAGGAGUUGCACGAUGCUCUGAAGGGUUCUGGGACAUCAGAAGAUGUCCUAAUUGAAAUAUUAGCAUCACGAAGCAAUGCGGAGAUUCAGAGGAUUGUGGAAUUGUACAAAGAAGACUUUGAUUCGAAGUUAGAGGAUGAUAUUCUGGGCGACACAUCAGGCUACUUUGAAAGAGUCCUAGUUUCUCUACUUCAGGGUAACCGGGAUGAGGGAGGUGCUGAUUCCAAUCAAGCAACGCAAGAUGCAAAGGAUCUCUUUGCUGGUGAGAAUGCCUGGGGUACAGAUGAAGAGAAGUUUAUUAUCAUCCUUUGUUCCAGGAGCAUUCCUCAUUUGCAAAAAGUAUUUGAUGAAUAUAAGAGGCUGACUGACAAGGACCUGGAAGAUAGCAUCCAGAGUGAAUGCUCUGGCUCACUGCAAACCUCCCUCGUGGCAAUUGUCAAAUGUGUGAAGAAUACUCCAGCGUAUUUUGCUGAGAAGCUGUACAAUUCCAUGAAGGGAGCUGGAACUGAUGAGAAGACUUUGAUAAGGAUUGUGGUAUCCAGGAGUGAGAAAGACAUGAUGAAUAUUAAGGAUCACUUCCUGGAGACGUAUGAAGAGACCCUCCAAUCGACAAUCAUAGGAGACACUGGUGGCGAUUGUCAAAAGGCUUUAGUAAACCUUUGUGGGGGAGAAGAUUGAAGACUUCCCGCAGACCAGAGGAUGAACCGUAGCAACCCGGUAGCUUCAACGUCUGAUUUCAGUGUGUCUUGUGUAUCUGUCUUGCAACUUAAGUAACAUUUGCUGUUGUUUGCUGCAUUCCAAUUUAAAAUGCAAUAUUUAGAAACUUGCAUCUCUGUUGUGUAACCAUAUGUAGAUAUUAAAUAUUUGAGUGCUUAUAUCAGCUCUAAUCAAAUAGCAUCAAAUUGUUAAACCUGCCAAACCUUUGCGGUUCAUGUAAACACUGACUUUGGACUAACCACCGGACUCUUGACUCCAUAAAACUAAACCUGAAUUAAAUGAAUGGAGACUUUUUCCAGCCACUUGAAUUAAAAAGGAAUUAAUUCAACUG